UUUUAUGUCGUUAAGGUGUGACAUGUCAACUAUUAGCGCUAGGCGGUGGGGCCGAGGUCACAUCUGUGCCACUUGCACACCCUUUAGCAGUGUUCGACCAGUAGCAUAUGUAAGGACAUGUUCUCCUAGUGCGCAUUUAGCGAGACAAAGUCUUGGCGACGCAUGUCGGUUGACCGCACGCUUUGGUGGACGGAUACCACGUGGAGGGCAACCCCGGCCGUCCUGGAUAUGCCAGUCGAUAUCCCUAAACCCCAUACCGGAAGACAUACAAUUUGAGUUAAAGCCUGAGGAUGGCACGUCAGUUGUUGACUAUGAUGAGGAAAACAAGGUGGUUCGCAUCCCGUUGUCAGCGCUUGGGCCCGAGGGCCAGCGGCGAACAAAGCUGGUGAUGUUCACAUGCAACAAAUGCGGUGGCCGAACGGCAAGACUGGUGAACCCAGUUGCCUGGGAGCAAGGGGUUGUGUUCGGUCAAUGCAGCAAAUGCGAGGUGUGGCACGUGCUGUCGGCUAAAAACAAGAAGAUAUUUGAGGAGGUGCGCUACAAAGAAGACCCAGAGUACCGGGACGUGGUUCCCCAGCAGGCGCCGUCGGAACCGCAGGAGGAGGAGGGCAGCAGCUAGCUGGCUUUGCAGAGCAGGAGCGGCGGCGGCGGUGGGGCUGCGGCCGGGUGGCUGGGCAGGUGCGAAACCCCCAUAUUGUGGGAGCGGGUAUUGCGUUACAAUAUGGGGCAUUGCGUGUCUGGUGGCGCCCCAGCGUGCUCGUGUUAGCGAUGUUUGAGGGAGGGGAUGCAUGAGCAUGCGACAUUGUUUGGCCCGGGUUCGUCAUUGUGGCAGCGUUUGUACAGGGAUAAGAGAGCUGGCAGCUGAGUGUCACUUGUGAGUCUCAGACGGUUAAUGCAUGUUGGCUUCACCAGGCCGCAGGUAGUACCAUUGACGGGGUUCGAGUGUCAAGCAGGCUGGGGUGUUGUGCAGUACGCAGCGUCCCAUAUGAUACGGGCUUUCUGGCGCUGACUGACGAUUGUAUGAUUAGGAUCCUCUGCAGCUCUGUAGUUCACCUUGCAUGCCGUGACAGCAUCAGUCGUCUUCUGUUAACGCACCCCUGGUGUGGGACGCUGCGCGCCCUAGAAUAUGGUUCACAACCGCCGUACGAUGUCGAUUAAUCUCCUUAACCUUUGCAACCUUACGGUCUCCGCGCUUCACUGUCCCCGCUGUUGUAAGGUACAUAUGCAUGCGCGUAUGGCGUAUAUGACAUUGUAAAAAGCUUCGAAUGCAAGUCACGAAGGAAGCAAGCUUAGACGUGAUACUGAAAUAAAUAAAUGGAGUGAUUCUUGUUUGAUAGCUUAAGACUAAUAAAUUGCACAUGCCACUUGCUGUAAAUCUACGAUGGUGAACCAUGGGUGACCCUUGACUUGGCAAAGUGUCGACAUGUUAUGUACAGCACCUGACGAAACAAUAAGAAAUGGUUAGAAGUAUAGAGUUCUCAUCGUGCGCGCGACGCGGCUAACUCGUCUACUCAGUCCAGGCUCCUACUUGGUAAGCCAUUUUCACAAUAUGAUACCAAGCAAACCUUCUUAAUACAGCAGUCAUAAACUUAAUAGCACAUCCUUUACUUACCAAUGGCCAUGGACGCUAUAAGCGCUACUUUGAGACUAGUUGGUUCGACGCACGCUGUUGGAUAGCCGCUAGAUAGUUUUCACCUUAAAGCAAAGGCUUUAUAGUAUAUAAGUCUGCUGAGGGGGUCUUUGGGGUUCGGCCCUUGCGGGCCGGCGGAAGUCCGACGUUUGCAACUCGGGCACCAUGAGUGAACAUCUCAGUCGCAGCAGCAGUUUCUCAAGCGUUGGAAGUGGUGCUAACUCCGUGGCGAGCGAUGCCAGGAGCUUGGCUGGUGGAGCCGGUGGAGGAGGGGACGUCGGCGCAAAUGACCUCCUUGAGCAGAACCAAACCGUGCAAGCGGCCGUGUUUGGAGUCCUAUAUACACUAGCAAAAGAAAAGCUUGAUACAUCGAAGCGCUUUGCGUUCGCAAGGCUUGUGCUGGACUUUUUGCAGUGCUUCAUCCUUAUUGUCAAUCCGGCAUACGGUUGGUCCAUCGACGAGAAAGCGUGGUACUGGAAGACAAUUAAAUGGGUUCACUUUAGCAAUCCAAUUAUAGCGAAGGGAUACCACUUCUUCGUCAGCAUCCUGUACUCCCUGGCUUCCGCCCUCGCCGUCAGCAUAGUGCUCUGCAUCUGGGUCGGGUGGUGCUUCAAGAAUGACCGCUUCCCCUACGUUUGGCCCAUUAAAAUGUUGCGUAUCGUCGUGGCCACGUUCUUCGUGGUGUUCUACGUCGGCUCGCUGGCUAUCUUCAUGGUGGCCCUCAGCUGCCAGUGGUUCAAUCCGAACCCGGCCCUGAAGUUCCACAUGCGCUCCUUCCCUGAAGUCAAGUGCCUUGCCAUGCCGCACCUGGCGCAUGGGGCGGUGGCGCUUGGGUGCUCGGUCGUGUUCUGCUUCAUUGCGUUUGCAAUGACGGUUGCCGACUUUGAGAUGAACCCGGCCAGCAAGCGCUGGCUGUCGGCGCCGCAUGCGCGUGUGGAAGUGCGCGGUCUGAUGGUGAAGACCGUCAUGACCAUCACCGUGGCUGUGCUGUCGGGCCUGACGCGCGUGCAGGCGGUCAUCCUGUGCAGCUCGUCGAUCUUCCUGUUCUGGUCUUACGUGCGAUGGGAACCGCACUACAUUGAGUGGAUCAACCACGCCAGGUCGGGGCUUUACUGCAUGGUCAGCUGGGCAGGCGUGAUGCUGGUGGCCCUUACGUUCAGCCCACACCGCCGGGAGGAUCAUUUCAGGAGCAAAAUGACAACAAUCAUGGUAGGCGGCAUGCUGCCGUUGUUGCUGGUCGGCUUCUUGACGUCCUUCUUCCGCCUUCGUUGGCGCGUCAAGCAUGCUAUCAAGGCCUUCAGCCACAUCGACACCUCCAAGAGCCGUUUGAAGGACAUCUACCGCUUUCCAGAUCCCAUGGAGGUCGAGAUUGUGUCGCGUGUUUGCCGCAAGUGGACUGAGGACGAUAUCCUCGACACGGACGCUGUCAGGCUGGCCGAGACUGUCCUCAAGGUCGGCCAGGCGCACUUCCACGAUGACGUCUUCCUGACCAUCACCUACUCCAACUUCCUGAUCGAGGUCCAGAACAACUACCAGUCCGGCGUCACGCAGCUGCAGCAGGCGAAGAAGCUGGAGCCGUCCAUCAGCGACCGCUUUGCGAUCUUUGUGCGCGAGCAGGAGCACAAGCAGAAGGCCCAGAGCCAGAGCAGCGGCGAGAGCGCCGUCGACCUGGUGUCGUAUGUCGAGUUCCAACGCAACUACAGGCUUCUCUUGCGGGCUCACAAGAGCGCGCUGUACGCCACUCGCCACUUUUGGAAGCAGCUGCUGCACCACGACGUCUCGUUCAACGCGCUCGCGCGUGCCUUCCGGCAAAUUGAGGUGUCAAAGACCAAGGCCGACCGCACUUACAAGAUGGUGCUGGACAGGUACCCAAGCAGUGUGAAGCUGCUCCGCAGCUACGGACGCUUCCUGGAGGAGGUCAAGAACGACCCCUGGACUGCCGCCAAGUACUACAGCGAGGCGGACAAGGUGGAGGAGCAGCAGGAGAACGCGGCCAACGACGCCAUGCUGAGCGACGCCGUGGGCGAUGGCGAUCCCUCCUCCAUGCUGGCCCAGGUCGAUGAGAAGAACAACGCGGUGGCGGUGAUCAACGCGGUGGGCAUCAUCCAGAUGGCCAACAAGCCGCUGAUGAAGCUGUUUGGCUACCGCAAGGGCGAGCUGGAGGGCAAGAAUGUGUCCAUCCUCAUGCCGCAGCCCUUCAGCCAGCGCCACAAUGGCUACCUGCGGAACUACACCACCACAGGCAAGGCCAAGAUUCUGGACACGGUUCGCGAGGUGGUGGCCAUCCACAAGGACCGCUUCGUCUUCCCGCUGAAGAUUGCCGUGACCAAGGUGUCGGGAACCGGUGCUGACAGCUUGUUCAUGGGCGUGCUGAAGCCCGCGGACGACGACACCAGCACCGUGCACGCAUGGAUGAUGACGCAGGGCACGAUUCUGUGCGUUGAUCAGCGCUUCAGCGACUGGUUUGGACGGACACCCAGCGAGCUUGUGGGUCGCCCCUUCAACACACUCGCAACGGAGCAGGACGUGCUGAUCAAGCUGCUGGACCUGGCUAACGCGUCCACGGAGGCUGAGUUCCAGGAGGGCCGCGUCAGCAGCGAGCAGGUGCACAUCCUGCACAAGUACACGGAGCCGGUGGCGUGCAGGCUCAAGAUUACACUUGGUGGCACGGACAGCCAGCGCAUCUUUGUCGUACACGUGAAGCGCGUGCGCAACGACCAGAGCAACAUGAUGGUGACGGACCACAAGGGCCGCAUCAUGUACAUGAACACCGACCUCGCGUCGGCACUGGGCUACACGCCGAAGCAGGCCGUCAAGAUGGACAUCAGCCAGUUCAUGAGUCACCCCUACUCCAUGCUGCACUACAAGUACAUGAAGGAGCCGCCGGCCAAGGUGCCGCUGCAGAGCUGCAGGAAUGCUGCGACGGUGGUCCUCCUGGACAGCAAGAAGCAGUCCCACCCCGUGAAGCCGCACCUCUCCAUCCGCGAGGAGAACGACGUGAUCACGCACGUGGUCAACGUUGAGUUCUCGACGUGGGAACGCGGCUUGGACGAGCGGCGCCUAGCGCUUGUGAUUGACGAGGACGGCAUGGUCCUGUCGGUUUCGGAGACGCCCAUGGGCGUGUUUGGCAUCAAGCCGGCCUCCAUGGUGGGCCACAGCAUUGCUGAGUACGUGGACGUGCUGUCGCCGCUCCGCUCGCAGCUCUCCGACAUCAUUAAGAAGAUGAUUGCCGUGCAAGCGGAGAAGCCGGGCUACUCGUGGCGUGUGGGCGUGCACCCGCCCGUGGACGAGGCAGCGCUGGCCAACGCAAGCGCGGUAGCGCAAGCAAUCCUGGCCAAGAACACGCGCCCUGCGCUGAUGCAGCUCGAGGUCAAGGCGCCCGCAAACGAGGGCGAACAGGCGGUGAUCACCAUCUCCCUCAACAAAGCUGACAUGGUGACGGGCGUUGUGCUGGUGGACCACAACAUGGUGGUGCUCAAGCCCAACUGCUGCGUCCUGCACCCCACGGGUCUCUGCUUUGGCGUGUCCAACCAGGUCUUGCUGAAGCGUAAGAUAUCUCAGUUCAUGGACGUGCCGCACAACGUGCACUCGGAGUGGCUGCUGUCGGACCACAAGGUCAAGGGAGCCAUGAAGACCGGAACCACGGGUCGCAAGAUCGGCCCCACACGCACCAUCACGGGCUUUCAUGAGGACGGUCAACCCCUGCAGCUGCGCAUGACGGCUGUAGCGCAAGAGAACAAGCGUGUCAACAUCAAGCUCAAUUUUGCGCAAUACUGGACGGGCAACACGGAGAUCUUCCUCAGCACGCUGGCCGGCGAGAGCAUACGGAACGUGACACGGGGACAGGACGGCGCGCUGGCCACCUCACAGGAUGCAAGGACCAGCCGCGGUGGCCGCCGUGCGAUUGUUAACACCUCAAUCAGCGCCAGCGCCAAGGGCGGUGUCAAGUGGGCCGGCCUGGGCGGCGACGGCGCCGAUGAGGACGACAAGGACGCCAAGGGCGGUCGCAAAGAGGCCACACUGCCCCAAUCCCCCACAGGCGAAAAGCAGGAGGGCGGCAGUGAUGACGGAGGCAAGUCCGACGAAGAGGGCUCCUUGUCCGACAGUGGCAGCGGCGGCAGCGGCGGUGGCGGCGAGGAGGAGGAGGCCAAGGCGAAGGAGGACGCGAUGAUGGACCCGGCGGCCGGCGGCUGGGGUGCCGGUGGCGGCGGCGCAUGGGGCAACCAAGUGGACGAUGACCAGGCAUCGGGUGUGUCUGGCAGCCAAGCAGACGGCGCCUCGGUGGUGUCGGGCAGCGAGGUGGGCGGCUACCAGACCGACUUCAAGCGCGGGCGCCGCUUCAAGAAGCUCAUGAAGCUGCUGUCGUCUGCCAAGGCCAAGGCAGACCUGACGCGUUACCACCGCCACACCUACAUCGUCAUCAUCAUUCUGCUGCUGGUGCACAUCGUGUGCUUUGCGCUGUUCCUGGUUUUCCUGGAGAACCAGAAGAAGUACGUGACGGAGGUGGACGCAACGCAGGACGCGUCAACCCACGGUUUGGACGUGGCGAUCUUGUCUCGCGCCAUGUCCAACAUCUACACGAACCAGACCAAUCCCGAGUGGUACACGUGGGACGACUUGGACAUCAUUUUGGGCGACAUGACAGAGGCCAUCAACUCGAUGGAGGACGCGCACCAGGGUCUCUACCUGGGCUUUGGCAAGCUUCGGCACCUGGGCGACAACUACGAGCUUGGAGCAAUCUGGGAGGGUCGCACGCUUAACGAGACCUUGUACAUCGACACUCGCGUGCCCUACACCAUUUCCUCCCUAAACAGCCUGUGGCUCAUGGGCAACGCCUUCCUGGCUGCUGGCCGCGAGCUGGUUUCCAACCACAUCCUCAUUGCCAAUAACACCCUCAACAACUUCUUGCUUAAUCGAGAUUGGCAGUACGUCAACAUGAACGGCCCGACGUCCAUGACUUCCGGCUACCGUUACAGCCUCAACGGCAUGGUCCUGCGCACCUGGGACAGCGUCGGCCGCGUUAACAUGCUGGGCAUUGGGCUGCUGGUGGCCGAGGGUUGCGUUGUGUGCGGGGCUGCCGCGCUGUACAUGUGGGCUCUGCUCACGCAGGUGGCUCGGCAGCGCUACGGGCUGUACUCCGUCUUCCUGGUCAUCCCAACCGGCUUCCUGCGCGCUUUGGCCAGCAAGCACGUGCAGGUCGAUGGCGAGGAUGAUAAUGACAGUGACAGCGACGCCGGUGACGAUGCCAACGCCAAUAAGGAGAAGAACAAGGACUCGGGAGGGAAAGACGGCAAGGGAGAGGGCGACAACAAGGGCGAUGAUGACGGGGGAAAGCCUGUCAUCCUGCCUGGCAUCAAAACAAAAGCUGUCGUCGUCGACAUGGGUGAGGCAGCUGAGUCGCCCCAACCGCUAUGGCGCCGAACGCUGCGCGCACUGUCACCCGCCACCCUGUUUGGCAAUGCCGGGCCGCUGGGCAACGUGGACACCGGCAAGCGCAAGCUAACACGCGACAACCGGGACACCGUAGUCUUGACCGUUCCAUUCUUAUUGUGGGGUGCUGUCGUCAUUGCCAUCUACACGUUUUCCUACCUCACGUUGAAGAAGGUGUCCGAGCCGCUUGUCAACCUGGAUGUGGCCAACCGCGUCAAGACCAAGAUCAACCGCUGCGUGUUCGUCGCUCAGGAGGUCAUCAGCCAGACCAAUGACGCCGCCAAGGCCAAGUGGCAGCAGGAGCUGCUGAUCCGGCAAUCCGACCUGGAAAUGUUCUACGACGCACUGCUGUACGGCAGCGACGACCUGCCGGAGAUGGCGUUUUCGCAUACCAAGGGCACUCUGUUUAGCGGCGCUGCGCCGGCGGAGAUGUUCUUCCGCAGCAAGGACGUGUGCUAUGUGACGGAGGAUGCGGACCGAUGGUGCUUCCCCGAGGGUCACAUGUACCACGAGGUUUCCAUGAACGCCCUGGAUCCCAUGAUUCGCCGCCUCAUUGAGGAGGCGCUGCUGCUGGGUAACGACGCCUACUCCGACAUCAACUUCAACAGCACGCGCUUCGACUACAUCUGGCGCGUGGCGUACCACCAGCUCAUCAAGGGAUCAUGGACCGCCAACACCAUCUACACAACUGCCGCCAACGCCAACUUUGGCAAAGUCCGCAUGGCGCAUGUCAUCCUGUUCGUGCUGUCGCUGCUGAUGGCGGUGUUGUUCCUGGUGGCCAUGUUCCGCCCCUUCAUCCGCCGCACCGCCAUCGAGGCACGUCAGGUGGCGGAGCUGCUGAGCCAGCUGCCGCCGGAGAUGGAUGUGGAGGGGCUAGUGGCGUCAGCCAUGACCAGCCGACGCAAGGGUGAGGAGGAAGAUGACACGGGUAACACUCAGACACGGUCUGUGGACGGCAGGGGCAAGGGCUCGCCUCGACGGCCCUCUGGCGACAACAUGCGGGCGCCGCUGGAUAUCGGCGCUGGCAAGAAGGGCCGCCAAGACGACGACGAUGACGACGCGUCGUCCGUUGGAUCGAGCCUCAACUAGCCUGGCCUACUUGUGUUCAGAAAACUGGCCGCGAGAAGCCUGGCCUACAUUGGCUCGACAGUGCGUCGACGCGGGGGCUUGGCAAAUGUAGUACAAAGAGUAACGAGCGAGGCGUGCGAAACUCAAUCAUCAAAGGAAUGGGGUGUGUUUGGGGUAGUUUGCGUGGGUACUUAAGUGUAUCGCUCUUAACAGCCGUGUUUAUGCCUUGCUGCUAGAUGGUGUUGUGCACCGCCUUUGGCGCUUGGGGCUUUCUAGGUCGUCCGUGUAUGCGCUGUACGACAGGACUCUCGUUUACACGUGCGAAGACUGCCGUACUUGCGCAUGUGUAUGCCGUUUGGCCGUGACGGGCUUCAGUGGUUGCAUCCCUUUGCUACACAUCUUUGCGUAGUAGCGAUUAGGAGGGAAAGUGGGCGCGGGGUGCAGGGCCUGUCCGCCCUGCCUUGUGCCCUGCCCGGGAAAGAUUGGCUUUUCUGUCCACAUGCUUCCCUUGGGCUGUGCUCCGGGGGCAAGUGGUGAUGGAGUUUACAUGCGGCGCGGAAUGUCGUGCCGUGCAUAGCGGCUGUGGUUACGGUACAUGCCUUUGGGUAACUUCGACUAGUUGCAUCCGGCUUGCGGGCAGUGGUGGGGAAGCUGCGGCGAUACAGCCUAGCAUGGCGGGUUGCAGUGGUACCUUGGGGGUCAAGGACUUGGUGGCAUGAGGAAACCUUUACAUGUCCAGUAGAGGGCCUUGCGGUGGAAGGCUGGUUGCUGGCCUGCAUGCAUAGGUGUUAAGCAUGGUCGCAUUUUGUUACCCCGGCGAUUAUCUUGAGGGUUCGGCGAACGGCAGUUCGGGUGUAUCCCGACUGUGCACGUUGCUUUUGUAGCGGCUUUCGUGGGGGGGGGGAGCAAUUGAGCCGAGCUGUCCCAGCCUCGGUAUCUUAACACCUUUUCCCAAGCUUUAAGGGCAGUAGUGCUAUUGGGCGGGUUGCUUAGUCUCGUCCACAUGAAUGCUGUGUCUGUGUGCAUGGGACUGUUUUUAAGUAUUGACGGACGGGGUUUUGGCGCUUGGCAGGACAACGAUCAGCAUGUAUCCCCCGUUUUAUAAAAAGUAUUGCUUGUCCAGGCUUUUCUUGUGCGACCUCGGUGAUCCUGAUGUGGAACUUAGAUGCGCGCCCUUGUAUAUUCUAUCCUUCGUCUGGUUGCGUUGCAUAUGUGUCGGAACCACACAAUCCCUUGUCUCCUCUGUUUAUCAUUGAUUGGUGGUUUUGGUGGGAUGUGGUGUGGGAAUGGGUGGCGGUGCACGGGGGAGCUAAUAGGGUGUUGCACUCGGCGGGUUGUGGGACUUAUGGAGCUCAAUUCAUAACUGAUGUCGCCAGUAUGAGACCGCGGUUUAUGCUUUCACUACACGCGUUUUGAGCUUCGUGCUGUCCUGUGCCCGCCAUUAGGGCCGACAUACCAUGCAAGCUGUACGGAACCUGUUUAUGUGCCACGAGGUUUCGUGCCAAGUUUUGCAUAAUGCUAAAUAAGAGGAUUGUUUUGUUAGGUAAUGAAGGCGGAAGUUCUUUGCGUCAGCGCUGGUUGUGUAUGGCGUCUGGGCAAUGAGCUACGCUGGGUUGGCGCUAAGUCGCCUGAUGGGUUUGAAGACGUGCAGGAGGAGUUUAGGGUUGUGCCUCGUAUUAUGCAUGUGGCAAACUUAGGUAUGCGGAAUUGAUGUGGAUUGGCUGCUUCGAUCUACCACAAUAAGCACAGCUCAUGUAAGUUGAUGUACAU